UGCGCACUGCGCAUGCUCAAUAUAAAUAAACAAGAGCUGCAGGAGCACCGGCCAUUAUUGAAGAGAUUAUCGUGAAUAUUUAGUUUUCGCUUCCUGCUCCCACCAUGGGGAAGUACUUUUCCCGCCUGUCGAAGCUGAAGGACGAGGGCCACGAGGGCCUGACCGCCGUGCCAGAGUACAGCGACUCCCACAGCGAGAGCAGCAAGGGAGGUGAUGUGUCCCAGUUCCCCUAUGUGGAGUUCACAGGCAGGGACAGCGUCACCUGUCCCACCUGCCAGGGCACUGGCAGGAUCCCACGAGGUCAGGAAAAUCAGCUCGUUGCGUUGAUUCCAUACAGCGAUCAGAGACUCCGACCUAGAAGGACGAAGCUGUAUGUCACGGUGUCCGUGCUGUUGUGCCUGUUUCUCUCCGCCCUGGCCGUCUUUUUCCUCUUCCCCCGCUCUAUCGACGUCACCUAUGUGGGAGUGAAGUCUGUGUACGUCACCUACAACCAAGACAAGAAAAUCAUCUAUCUGAACGUAACAAACACUCUGAACAUCACUAAUAACAACUACUACUCCGUGGAAGUGGCCAACAUCACAGCGCAGGUGCAGUUCUCCAAGACGGUGAUUGGGAAGGCCCGUGUGAGCAACAUCACCUACAUCGGACCCCUGGACUUGCAGCAGAUUGACUAUAUGGUCCCUACUGUUAUAGCAGAUGAAAUGAGCUACAUGUAUGACUACUGCACCUUGCCAACCAUCAAAGUGCACAACAUUGUGGUGAUGAUGCAGGUGACUGUCACUACAACUUACUUCGGCCAUGCAGAGCAGGUGUCCCAAGAGAUGUACCAGUACGUUGACUGCGGGGGAAACACCACCUCGCUGCACGGCCGCUCUUCCAGCAUCCUGAUGGCCCACGAGUAACAGUCCACCCUCCAUCACUGCCCCUCACUCAACCUUGCCCCUCAGUCUCCACAUACAUUCCUGCAGUUCAGGACUUGGUCUGCUAGGUUGGCUUGUUGGAUGGUAGAUGGUUUCCUGUGCCCACUAACACCAAACCAGUCAGUGACUCUGUUUCAGACAUGAGCUACAGUAUUUAUGUCGUUGACAGUGCCACUACUGUAAAGGAAAGAUGGAACAUGGAGAAACGUGUUUGGGGCAGAGCUUUUCCUAGCCCCUAAAUUAAUGGGUUCUAAUUUCCUCACCCUUGCAAUAAAAGGUGGCCACAAUGGCCUGUUAGAAUGCAAAACAGCACUUUAGAUAAGCUUAUGUAUUGGAGAAGACAGGUUCUUGUGCAAACUACUUAAUGGGUUGUGGUGUAAAGACAAAAUUACACCGCUCUUAUUUUAAACCACUGUCAAAGGCAUUCCUCAGAAGCUGCUUUUUUUUUUUUUUUUUUCUCGCAUUGUUUUAGCGACCAGUUUUUCUGAUGUAAUGUAAAUGUACAAGUCUUGUUUUUAGGGGAUGUUCUCAGUUGCAUAACCAAGUAUUAUAAAUACGAUAUGUGCGUGAUUUGACACUUCGUUAUAACAGUGGUGUGUGAAAUGUAACCAGUCCUCUCUGACGGAUUAGGUUGUAGGUUUAAGCCUUGCACUUUAGACCCCCCCCCCCCCCACUUUCGUAUCAUACAAGUGGCGUGUGUUGUGGUUCCUGUGUCCUGAAAUAAUUUGGAGCACAGCCCUGUUCAGAAGGCCUCUGGGUAUUGAAAUAUGUAGUUUGCGUGUGUGUUUAAGGGUUAGAUUCUCACUAACUUGCUGGGGGGAUGAUGUCAGCAGAAAACAUUUCCUGAUACAGAGUAAUGCAACUCUUAUUUCAAGCUAUUUUUUACAUAUUUCCCACUUGUACUCUAAGACGCUGCGCCAUUGAAAGUGUGUACUAAAUGCAUUUCAGUUUUUUAAACGCUUCCUUAUCGCCAUUUAUUUUAUAUUUUGACAACCCACUAAAACUGAUUUGAAAAGGAAACGCUCCGUUGAAGACAGUAUUGCAGUGAGACAGUGACAGUUUGAAAAUAUUGUACUGAGAUUUAAAACUCUUAUGGGGACAUGUUAAAAAAGAUAUUUGCAAAUGCAUGUCAGAAAUUUUGAUUAAUUUUAUAAGAGUUGUAAAUACAACAAAUCUUUCAGUGGAUUUCUGAGUUAAUUUUUAAGAUGAAAGUUAUGAAACAUCAAUGCUUUAGGACGUUUUCUUUGUGUAUUUACUAAAUGAUUAACAAUGUUGUAGCUGAAAGCUGUGGUCUACAGCAGGUAACACUGUUUUAUUUUUAAUAAUAAUCUUUUACAGUUACUGUCUACAAAGAUAAUCGGAAAGGAUUUUAAAGAACAUGUACUUUUUGAUGGGGGAUGCGGGGGAGAAUAUGUUUGCCCACAUGGGUGUGCAUUCGACCGUGGCCGUUCUCCUUCCUCUUUUCAACUUGUUGCAGCCCCCACAACUGAAUCUUUUCACCACGGUACAUGUGGUUGUAAGCUUGCGGUGAGCGAUUGGUGUAUUUGUUUCGGUUUUUCGAGUGGGGAAAAAUAAAAUCCUAUUGUG